GUUUCGCUUUGUGCUUGUUGCGCAUUCGGCAUCGUCUAGUAACUCGGUGUUUGGAGGUUAACGAAGGUUAGUGGUGUAUUGCAAUUCGAGCCGCACGUAUUGCGUCGUUAUAUAGUUUUUGUGAAUUAAAAUAGUGUUAAGCUAUUCAAAAUGGCUGAUUAUCACAAACCAGAAGCUAAAACUCUUCAAGAGUUGCGCGACAUAGCGCACAAAUUGCGUAUUCACUCCAUCAGAAUGACCGAAGCCUCCAAAUCCGGGCAUCCCACAUCAUGCUCUUCAAUGGCUGAGAUAAUAUCUGUGCUCUUCUUCAAUACUAUGAGGUAUACUAUCAGCUUUCCUAGACAUCCAUCUAGUGACAGAUUUGUUUUAUCUAAGGGCCAUGCGGCGCCUAUUUUAUACGCGGCUUGGGCUGAAGCCGGCUUGUUUCCAACAGAUGAAUUGUUAAAAUUGCGCAAAAUCGAUUCAGAUUUGGAAGGGCAUCCUACCCCAAGAUUGAAUUUCAUUGAUGUCGGAACUGGUUCCCUCGGCCAAGGUGUUGCUGUCGGAGCGGGUAUGGCAUAUGUAGGAAAAAAUUUUGAUAAAGCUAGUUAUCGAGUAUACUGCCUAGUGGGCGAUGGCGAAUCAGCUGAAGGAUCUGUGUGGGAGUCUUUGCACUUUGCUAGUUAUUACAAGCUUGAUAACUUUUGUGUGAUAUUUGAUGUCAAUCGACUUGGCCAAUCAGAAGCUACAUCUCUGCAGCACAAAAUGGAAGUAUACCGUCUACGAUUAGAAGGCUUUGGCUUCAAUGCCAUAGUUGUUGAUGGGCAUGAUGUCGAACAACUGUGUAAAGCCUUUCAUGAAGCUAAGUGUACAAAAGACAAACCGACAGCCUUGAUUGCUAAAACAUUUAAAGGUAAAUUCUUCCCAGAAAUUGAAGACUCUGAUAAGUGGCAUGGUAAACCAUUAGGAGCUAAGGCUGAAGGUGUUAUUAAACAUUUACAAGGCCAAAUCUUCAAUGCUGGCCCACACACUUUGAGCCCUCAGCCUAUCGUUGAUGACGCACCUAAAGUAGACAUCACAAAUAUAAAGUUAUCUAAACCACCUGAAUAUAAGCUGGGUGAGAGUGUUGCAACCCGUCUGGCUUAUGGUGUGGCUUUAGCCAAAAUUGGUGCAAACAAUAGUCGUGUGAUAGCUUUAGAUGGAGAUACCAAAAAUUCUACUUUCUCCGACAAGCUUAAAGAAGCUUAUCCUGAUCGUUAUAUUGAAUGCUUUAUAGCCGAACAAAAUCUUUGUGGUGUUUCAAUUGGUACAGCUUGUCGUGACCGAUGUGUAGCAUUUGCUUCAACAUUUGCAACAUUUUUCACUCGGGCAUUUGAUCAGAUUCGCAUGGGGGCCAUAUCACAAACAAAUGUCAAUUUUGUCGGAUCUCACUGUGGUGUAAGUAUUGGUGAGGACGGACCUAGCCAAAUGGGUUUAGAAGAUAUUGCUAUGUUCCGUACUAUUCCAGGCAGUACUGUAUUUUAUCCAAGUGAUGCCGUUAGUUGCGAAAGAGCUGUGGAGUUAGCUGCUAAUACUAAAGGAGUAUGUUUCAUACGUACUUCUCGACCAGCAACUGAAAUUUUAUAUGCAAAUGAUGAACCAUUCAUUAUUGGAAAAGCUAAGAUUGUUAAGCAAUCAAAUGAUGACGAGGUUUUAAUUAUUGGUGCUGGUGUAUCUUUGUAUGAAGGUUUGGCAGCUGCUAAUACAUUAGCUUCCGAAGGAAUCAAUUGCCGUCUUUUAGAUCCAUUCACUGUUAAACCAAUUGAUCAAGUAGCUAUCGUCCAAAAUGCAAAGGCUUGCAAAGGCAGGGUAGUGGUUGUAGAGGACCAUUAUCAACAAGGAGGCUUGGGAGAAGCUGUAUUGUCAGCUCUGGCACUGGAAAGAAACAUUGUGGUGAAGCAUUUGUUUGUACCAAAUGUUCCAAGAUCUGGACCUCCAAAAGUGCUCUUAGAUAUGUUUGGAAUUUCAGCUAAACAUGUAGUUGCUGCAGUGCACAGUAUCUUGAAAGCAUAAAUUUUUUUAAUGCAGGUCAUCAAAGCAAAAUUAAGUUAUCAGUAAUCAAUCAAGUUUGUGAUAAGCUUUUUAUAAAAUUAGAAUAUAAUCACAUAGUUUGUAAUAUUAUAUUACAUUUCCAAAAUGUUAAUUCGAAUCUAUUAUAGUUAUAUAUUUUUAUAUUGUUUUCCUGAGAAUUUAUUAGACUGGAUAUAAAUUUGUUAAGUA